UGGAAAAAUAUCGCCAUGCUUGCAUAAUUUGGCCGGCCAAAAAGGAGUUAUAUCAUACCCUGGAUUCAAAACAAACGGAAGAAAUCUGAAACUCUUUACAGAGAACCGAAACAUGAACGGUGCAUGUCUUCUCUAUGGAAGAAUACCCCACGCGAAAGAUUUAACGAUUGAUAUAGCGCCAAGGCAAAAGAGUUGGAUGUCCAUUGGUGGUAAGAAAUACAGGAAGAGCUCUUGGAACAACUUUGUCGCUAUUUACGGGGAAACAGAUGAUAUACAAUACACAACUAAAUAUUCCUAUAAUGAACAUCUGCAAGAUCUAAAAAAUGGGACAAUUCGGAUUAUUUUACCUGGAUAUGAAUUCACAUUUUUCAGAAUUGUCUUUCCUGAAAAUAAAUCAGCAUUCACGCUGAAGUAUUCCACGAAGAAAAGCGUUCGAUGUAAACGUCUCGAUGCUACAGUUGUGGAUAUUGUGUCAUGCACCAAUGCGAAUAAAAUUAACUCCAAAUGCAAAGUGAAAUGCACUAAAGGAUUCGCUCCUUCUCCUUAUUUAUAUCAAAACGAUGUAAAUUUUCCGAAGUCAGAAUCUGUACUCCCUUACAUGAUGACAAAAUGCAAAGGAAAUGGCUUUAAUCCUCCAUCCUGGGAUCAUGAUAUCACGAUUGCUGAUUUUGAACCGUUCUUUGCUGAGGAUAUGAUUAAUCCGAUCAUUCUUCCUGUCGAUUCUUUUUUUCCAUCAGACGUAACUGCCAAUAACAUCAAGAAUAAUAGGUCCGAUAUACCCGGGUGGAUGGAUGUUCUUGAAUUCGACACCGAAAACCCAGCGCUUCCUGAAUUAAAUAUUCCAGAUCGUCAUAAAUGUGUUGAUCUUAAAAUUGUUGCAGACAUCUGUUUUCAUAAUGCCUGGAUAGUCGAUAUGUUUUUGGGACAUAUUUCCGCCUGUAAUUAUCCUGUCGAUUAUCUUCUUGAAUUGUUUGGAGAAAAUCAAGGAGAAGGAAUUGAUCCAGAUACUUUGCCGACUCCAGCUCCAAAAACAUUUAACGAAAAACUACAAGAACUUGACCAGAAUGAAAAAGCAGCGUUUUUAUUCAAACUAUCAGAGUUUGAUCCAACGUGGAUUGAUAUAAAAUGUUGGAAAAAUUUAACGGAAACGUUACUUCAACAACUCAAAAGACAAACAAGAAACGUUAAAUCUCGUGAAAUAACAAACGCUGUUAAUCAGCUUUGGGGAAGCUAUUUGCAAUACUUGUACGAGGAAUGUGAUUUAGGAGUACUAUUGCAAACAGCUGGCAAAUCCAAUUGCUUGACAGACUCACGCUUAUGUGGAUGGAGUAAAGCAAAAAAUGACUACCUUUACUCGUGUGCUGAUUUUUCGACUGCGAAACGCAAAUUUGAAUGUUUGGGCUGCAGAAAUCCAAAACCGGGAACGUGUACGCGUACGAAGUCAUUGUAAACAAACAUUACAAUACUAUGUAAACAAAAUGGACGAAGAAAAAGAACCUAAUUGCUUACAGAGAGCUGGCAUUUUAUUUACCACUGGACCUAUUUUUUCCAUAAAUUGACGUUUGUAUAUAAAAAUGAUCACUAAUAGCCUAUAACCCCAAUUACAAAUUUAUGUGUAACCAUGGUGUAACAGUAUGUAAGAUAAUGUUUAUGACGUCAUUAUUAAUGCUCAAUUGUGUUGCUUGAUGUCACUGUUGAGCUCCCUCUUUUGCUGUACUGCAUGCUGCCUAGUGCUAUGAAU